AUGUUUGGAGAUGAUAUUGCUUUAGAAGAACUAGAUAUAUCCGCAAUUAUUAAGGCAGAGAAAAAAUUAGAUCUAUCAUCCAGUGAUAUUUUUGAUGAUUUACCUUUAGAAGAGUUAGGUGAAGUGUUGAACAGAGCAGAAAAUACCUUAAAAGCACCAACACAAAAAGCGAAACGGCAAAAAUUUAAUCGAUAUUUGGUUGCUAACGUAACACAUGGAGCUUAUACAAUAGAUGAAGAUAAAUAUUCAGAAAAGAUUUUAUUAUUAAUAGAAGAAGAUGCCAAUUCCACAAUUACAGCAAAAUUACGACAAGAAUGGGAACAGACGUUAGUAACUAUAGGAGAUAUAGUUCAUAUACCUUACACAACAGAUAUACACGAAGUAAUCAUUGAUAAUCAAAAAAACUUUAUUAUUGUUCAUCCCGAUCAGUUGAUUUCAUGUACUGCAGUGGCCGAUACCUUUUUGUGUCUUCGAAAAUCAGUCUUACAAAUGAAAAUUAAAGGUGUUAGUGAAUAUACAGAAGCACUUGUUCAUGGAAAUAUCAUUCAUAGAGUACUACAAAAUGCAUUGCAAACAAACGAAUUUUCUGUUAAGAGCAUCAAGGAUGAAAUAAAGCGUGUUAUAGUAGAUUCAUUAGAAGAUUUAUAUGCAUUGGAUCAGGAUGAAGAAACUGCAUUUAGUAUUUUAAGCGGAUAUGCUGAGAGUAUAUAUCAGUUCGGUACAACAUUUGUAAACGAAUAUCCAAAGGCUACUGCUCGUCCAAGUACAGAUAUGGGGCCAAAUGUAUCAAAAGAAUUAGGAUGUAAUACUAUAUCUAUAUGUAAAGUACUAGAUAUUGAAGAACAUUUGUGGAGUCCAACUUAUGGAUUGAAAGGCAUGGUGGAUGCCUCUGUACAAUUAAGAUUAAGCCCAACUAAUAAGAUUUUGACUGUUCCUUUUGAACUAAAGACUGGAAAAGCAUCAAGGUUUUUGACGAAUCGAGCUCAAACUUUGCUUUAUACCCUUUUAAUGAGUGAUAGAUAUGAUAUUGAUAUUGGUGCAGGUGUUCUGUAUUAUUCUAAAACAAAUAGUCUAUAUUUAGUCCCAUCUUCAAGAAACGAUUUGAGAUCCUUAAUUAUGUCUAGAAACUAUUUGGCAAUCACAUGUAAAAAUACUGAAACUUUACCACCUAUGAUAAAACAUAAUUAUGCAUGCCAAAAUUGUUAUAUGAAUGAUGUAUGUAUGAUAUAUCAUAAAGCGAUUGAAAAUGGAACAGGAACCACAAGUGGAUUACACAAGUUAUUUGAAGAAAAAACAGAUCAUAUAACUGAAUCUAUUUCAUCCUUUUUUCAACAUUGGUGGAAAUUACUGGAGAAAGAAGAAACGAGCAUUGAUUAUGUGCGUAAAGAAAUUUGGCGUCAACCAGCUGAGAUUCAUGAGUUAUCUGGAAGAUGUUUGUCCAAUAUGAUAUUAAAGCUGUCAGCUUGUCAAAUUGAGCCUGAGAAUUCAAUAUGGAGAUAUUGUUUUGUUCGUAGUCCGGAUACAGAACAUAAAGGGCCAAUCGUAUCAAAUAUAUCAAUUGGUGAUCCAAUUGUUGUUUCUAGUAUGGAAGGACAUAUUAGUUUAUCUAUGGGAUUUGUUAUAGGUUUGACCAAUCAUGAGAUUGUACUUAGUUUAAAUGAGCCACUUCGUAGCCCACCACAGAAAGAUGUUGGAUUUGAUGCUUUAAGUAACCAAUCAUUUAAAACAUUUGUUCGAUUUAAAAAUGACAUAAAACAUUAUUAUUCGCAGAAUCGAAUUGAAUAUCGUAUAGACAAAGACGAAAUGGCGACGGGUAUGAAUAUGCUUCGCAAUAAUUUAGUCUUACUAGUCACAAAGAAUGAUGAAAACCCUAGAAUGCAAAGAUUAAGAGACUUAAUUAUUGAUCUAGAGAAGCCAAAUUUUGAUACCACCGUACCUUAUUUACCUCUUACGCCUAAUAUGAACCCAGAUCAACGAAAUGCACUUAAAAGAGUGCUCCAAGCAAAAGAUUAUAGUUUAAUCCUAGGUAUGCCUGGUACUGGCAAAACGACAACAAUAGCAGAAAUUGUAAAGUAUUUAGUGGGACAAAACAAAACUGUGCUGGUUGCAGCAUAUACACAUUUAGCCUUAGAUAAUGUUUUAUGGAAAGUUCGACAGCAUGGUAUUGAUGUUCUUCGACUUGGUAAUAUUGAUAAAGUGAUGCCUUCAAUGAGAGAUUGUACAUUUGUACUUGUUGGUGACCUGUAUCAAUUACCACCGAUUGUACGUAAAGAAUCAAUGAAUAGUGGAUUAGAAAAAUCAUUAUUCUCCAUAUUAGCAGAAGCGAGACCUGAGUCGAUUAGUUAUUUAAAAUAUCAAUAUCGUAUGAAUAGGGAAAUUAUGGAUGUUUCCAAUAUGUUAAUUUAUGACGGUAAACUAAAAUGUGGCAGUCAUAAAGUAGCGUCCAAGUCACUUUAUAUUCCUAGAUUGGAUAUAGGAUUAAAAUCGAUACAUAAAUCAAAAGAAGAGUUAUGUAAAGGUUUAUCUGACUGUUGGUUAAAGACAGUAUUAGAUCCAAGGCAAGUAUAUUGA